UGAAAUUUAAUCCUAAUUAACUUAAUCACUUUUGUCUGAUUAUUUUUUAUCUCUCAACUGAUUUAAAAUAGAUUAAAGUUUUAUAUGGUAUUUGAGGAUGGAUAAGAUUGUUAAUUGUGUUGAUUAUUUUCCAUUUCUUUCUGUUGUCAAUAUAAUUUUGACAAUUCACUUGGAACCUCAUUCUUUCAAUUCAAUCCUCUAGUUGAACUAUUUUUAAUCAAGUGUUUUCUUUUUGUUAAUUGUUCAACUUUAUUUCUAAUUAAAUUCUUAUUAUCAUCUUUUCUGGCUUCUUGGAAUUAAUCAUCAUCCUGUUGUCUAUACAUUCAAACCACUCUACAUACAGUUUAGAAUAAUUGAAAGAAAGAUCAUCUUUUAUAAUAGAUUUUCUUUGCUGUAAAUUUUUAUUCUUCUCUACUUUAAUUGUUUCAAAAUCCUUUUUUUUAUUCCUCUAGUUAGUAAUUAACUUUGUCUAUUUCAAUCAUUGAUUGUUCAAAUAAGUUAAAGUUGAUCAUGUUGUCUACAACAUUCUUUCUAAUUGCUGUUGUCAUCAUUGGAUCCCUUGUAUCUUUCAUCAUUCAAAUAAGCCACAUAGAUGAUAAUCAUUAUGAGGGUGACAUUUUUAAUCCACCGACAAUCAUAUCACCUUCUCAAGAUUCCGUGAUAAUGGGAGAUAAUCCUGAUCAUCUAAUGUGGUUCAUGCAAAUUAGUGAUAUUCACUUGAGUAUUGUUUUCGAUCCAAAGCGAAUCCCCGAUUUCAAUAGAUUUUGUAGUAUUGUCGUAGAUUCAGUUCGACCUUCGGUAGUUCUGGCAACUGGUGAUCUAACUGAUUCUCGGACAUCAGCUCCCUUUGGUUCUGAUCAAUUUGAACAAGAAUGGAAAUGGUAUGCCCAUGCAUUGAACUCUACUCGAGUCACUGAGAAAACAAUCUGGCUUGACAUGAGAGGAAAUCAUGAUGCAUUUAAUGUUUAUUCUUGGAAUUCGACUAAUAAUUAUUAUCGUAAAUAUACUCAUCGAGGAAAUCAGAGUGAAGGACAUUAUAUGUACACUUUGACCAAAGGUGAAGACAAAUACAAUUUCCUUGGAAUCGAUGCUUGUCCUCAACCUGCACCAAAACGACCCUACAAUUUCAUUGGUCAUCUUAAAACAAGUGACCUGGACUCAAUUAAACAACUUUUAACCAAAGCUCCAACCUCUAAUAGUACAAUUUUCUUUGGACAUUAUCCAACCUCUUCUAUUAUAACCCAAACUCCUGGAUUAAGGAACUUAAUCACUGGCCCUUACCUUUGUGGUCAUUUCCAUACCAUAGUAGGAAUGGUUCCCAAAAUGUAUGCAACCCAAAGCACUGGUUACCUUGAGAUUGAAGUUGCUGAUUGGAAAGAUGAGCGAAUGUUUCGAGUGGCCGCAGUUGAUCAUGGACUAUUCAAUUUCGUCGAUGUUAAACUAGAACAAUGGCCAAUCAUUCUUAUCACUAAUCCAAAAUCUGCACUUUUUAAAAUGCCACGUUACGAACCCUUACAUCGAAUCGCUAAUUCAACACACAUUCGUGUUCUAGCCUUCUCCCCAAGUCCAAUCGACUCAGUUUCAGUUCGAAUCAACGACGAACCUUGGAAGCCAAUGAAAAGGUUCUCGAAAGAUCAACCUCUUUUCACUCAUCCAUGGAAUCCUAAGAAAUACUCAAUUGGAUUACAUAAGAUUCAAGUUCGAGCAUCGGACGAACAUGGUCAAGAAAAUACAGAGAUAGUAGAGUUUUCCUUAGAUAAAUCCAAGCCAGAUUUUCCGUUCGCAGCUCGAUUUUUGCUUCGAGUUUCAACUCGUGCUUUCCUCCAAUGUAUGGCCAUGUUCAUGGCGUUCGUAGCAAUUUUCCCUCUCUUUACCAUGAGAUUCUUGCAUCUAAUUGAAAAAGGACCGGUUAUCAAAUCACGAGCUCGAUCAAGUUUGAUCUACAAAGUUUACCUUAAAUUCAUGGUUCUCUCAUCAAUCGAUCAUUACUUUAUCGUCAUGAUGAUUAUCCCUAUUUACGGACUAAUUGGUCCUUGGUUUAUUGGCGAUUUACUUGAUGGUCAUUGGGGUGUUUGCUUUGCUUGGGGAAUGUACAUUGAUGGAAACUGGAUUCCAAUUGCAUUACCAUAUCUUUUCGGUAGCAUUAAUAUGAUACUUUUUCAUAUUCCUUUGGUUUCCUGGUUAAGUCACAUUGUCCACAAAAAGUACGUUGGACUUUCAUCUCAGUCGAAAGAUACAUCUUGGAGUGUUUUUCUUAAACCCCGACACAUUAUAUUUAUGCUUAUUUUGGUUUGUGAUGUUCUAUUCAAUUUCUCAAUUUGUAUGGCUUAUGGUUUAAAGUCACUUAUUUUUGGAUUUGAAAGAUUCUGGGCAAUAUUGGUUUACCUUUACGUUUGGUGGACUUCAUUUUAUUUAGAAUUAACUGAUUUUAAAAGUACCGAACAAAAAAAGGAUUCCAAAUAAUCAAUUAAUAAUCUUUUACUAAAUUAUUAUAUAAUUUUGUUAUUUUCUAGAGAUUCAAAUUUCUUUUCUGUGUCAAAGUUUUUUUCUUCUUCUAAUUCAUUUGUACUUCUCAUCUUUUGACUAUCAUCAAUUUAAAUUGCUCUCAUAUCUUGGAUCAUCUUCAAUUUACUCAUCCUAAUUCAAUCAGAAUCAUUAUAAUUUGGUGAUAAUUGAUGUGAUUAUAUCAUAGUGACAAUUUAGUAGAAAAUAAAAAAGUAAAUAUUAGUUUGUUUUUUUUUCACGAUCAAUAA